UAAAUGAACCAAUGAAGUCAUGAAAAGGGACAAAGGUGAGGCGGAGGGGGCUGAAACUCCACUGGUGUCAUGCGUCUGUCACUUUCCCGAAAGGAAAAAUCAAAUGUGCCAAAGCAAAGAGGAUAAUCUGACAAUGUAUCCAGAAUCCUUUGUUACUGAGAGGGGGAUUUUCGGGUUUCUGCAACUGAGACCCGUUUUUAACCCGAGGGAAACUGCCAUCAAACCACUGCACUGUCGUCAUUGUCUUCUCAUAUAGUGACACACGCAACAUUAGCCUUUUUAUCGCUGCUCCUGCGUUCACUGAAAGCACUUUGAUUGCAGACGCACUGUACGAGAGGCUGAAAUGAAAGAAGGCGGCUACUCGGGACACAAUGCGCGCUUGUCCCAUUUAUGCUACAACUGUGGCACUCGGAGUGGGUGGUUUUACGCAAGAAGUGUCAAAGCCUGUACUUUAUGCCUGGCGCUGUUGGAGUGAAGCAAGAGAAACGCGUUGUUCAAACUUCUGCUGAACUUGGCAUGGAUUGCUCUGCUGUGGGUAGUUGAUGGUCGCGACCAGAGGGAUUUCUCUUAUACACCAAGGUAGGAGAAGGACAAAUUCAACCACUUUUGAGAGAGAGCACUAUUUAACUAAAGUGCAGUUUGGAGUGACUGUUGACAGCGGGACAUAUCGCAGGCUGGGCACGUCCAGAUUAUCUCAGUUUACAUUAGCCUAUACUCGUGAAGAUACCCAAGAGUUCCCGGCGUGUCGGCUGUGCGUCAUACGUGUCUGAUUAGACCUGUACUCUGACGUUGCCUACUGCCAUUCAAACACCUCAUAUGGCUCUGCAAAUCUAAAUUGCUUGAAAAAUGACGAAAACCGAGUGACGAAGACUACUUUUUCAAUGAUAAAGGAGACGCUCAACAAGUUGCAAGAGUCCAGAGCGCGUAAAUGUCCACGCGACCGGGCUUGCAUUAAUCCGCUCACCCAGCUGCGAAUAUAUCUCAUCUGUCACAGAAAUAAAGCUCUGGCACUGUCACGUCUUUCCAGAUUACGGCGGGACUCACUGCGGAGCUCGCGACGCACACUCCAUUGACAAAAAAGAGGGCAUUUAGAGAAGGUUAUCUGAAUGAACGGCUCUGCGUUCCCCUCGCCUUCCUCUUCUCGCCUCCCUCAGACUGUUGCAUGUGUCUUGUAUCCGGCUGGGUGAGGGUUGUCUCGCGUUAUCAGCACGUAUCGGUUCAGCGGUGGAUAAAGCUGUCAUUCCUCCAGAGAGCGGCAAAUGUCGAAGAAACGGAAAAGUCCUGAUGAGGAGGACUUCGAGGAAUCUCCCGGGUGCAGCCUACAAGGUUUGACAGAUGAGAAAGUGAAGGCCUACCUCUCGUUGCACCCUCAGAUGCUGGAUGAGUUUGUGUUGGAGAGUGUGAGUGCAGAGACUCUGGAGCGAUGGGUCAAGAGGAAGACCAGCUACAAGCCCACAGAUGACACGUCAUCAAAGGAAGUUAGCAGGUACCAGGACAGUAACAUGCAGGGUGUUGUGUACGAGCUCAACAGUUACAUGGAGCAGCGCCUGGACACAGGAGGAGACAACAAACUUUUGCUUUAUGAGCUGUGCAACAUCAUCAAGACUGCAACGAAAGCUGAUGGAUUUGCACUUUAUUUCUUGGGAGAAUGCAACAAUAGUUUAUGUUUAUUCACUCCAACGGGGGCCAAAGAUGGUCCUCCCACCCUCAUUCCCUACGGCCCCAUUGCGUUCGGGACGACCAUAGCCGCUCAUGUUGCCAAGACUCAAACACUGCUGGUAGAGGACGUCAUGGGGGACGAGCGCUUCCCCGACGGCACAGGACAGGACUCAGGGAUCCACUCUGUUCUGUGUCUGCCCAUCCUCACUGCCAUCGGAGACCUGAUUGCCAUCCUGGAGCUGCACCGGCGAAGGGGCAGGGAGCCCUUCAACCUUAGCCACCAGGAGGUUGCAACAGCUAAUCUAGCCUGGGCCUCAGUUGCUAUUCAUCAAGUACAGGUAUGCAGAGGCCUCGCUAAACAGACGGAGCUCAAUGACUUUCUACUUGAUGUGUCAAAAACAUACUUUGAUAACAUUGUGGCAAUAGAUUCUCUACUUGAACAUAUUAUGAUAUAUGCAAAAAACCUGGUAAACGCAGACAGGUGCGCGCUCUUCCAGGUCGACCACAACAACAAAGAACUGUACUCCGACCUCUUUGACAUCGGGGAGGAGAAAGAAGGCAAACCUGUCUUUAGGAAAACCAAAGAAAUUAGGUUUUCUAUAGAGAAAGGAAUAGCUGGUCAAGUAGCACGGACAGGGGAGGUUUUAAAUAUCCCAGAUGCCUAUGCAGAUCCAAGGUUUAACCGGGAGGUGGAUUUGAAGACUGGCUACACGACGCGAAACAUCCUGUGCAUGCCCAUCGUGAGCCGCGGCACUGUGAUCGGAGUGGUGCAGAUGGUGAACAAACUGAGCGGAAGUGCCUUCACUAAAACUGACGAGAACAACUUUAAAAUGUUUGCUGUCUUUUGUGCUUUGGCCUUACACUGUGCAAAUAUGUACCACAGAAUUCGGCAUUCUGAAUGCAUCUACAGAGUGACCAUGGAGAAGUUGUCUUAUCACAGCAUCUGCACAUCAGAGGAGGCCAAGACCCUCACACAGCUCAACCUCCCAGCUCCCAUUUACAAAGAAAUAGAAACGUUCCACUUUGAUAUCAGUCCCUUUGAAGAGAUUUGGCCUGCUGUCUUUAUCUAUAUGGUUCAUAAUUCCUGUGGAAAAACUAGUUUUGAGUUAGAAAAAUUAUGUAGGUUCACUAUGUCCGUCCGCAAGAACUACCGUCGUGUGCCCUACCAUAACUGGAAGCAUGCGGUCACGGUAGCACACUGUAUGUAUGCCAUCCUACAGAAAACUCCAGGGAUCUUCACAGAGCUAGAGAAAAAGGGUUUGUUAGUAGCCUGUUUGUGCCAUGAUCUGGAUCACCGUGGUUACAGUAACACAUACCUGCAGAAGUUUGACCAUCCUCUGGCGGCCCUGUACUCCACGUCCACUAUGGAGCAGCAUCAUUUCUCACAAACUGUCUCCAUCCUGCAGCUGGAAGGGCACAAUAUUUUUUCCAACCUGAAUUCCAGCGAGUACGAGCAGGUGUUGGAGAUCAUCCGAAAGGCCAUCAUUGCCACAGACCUCGCCCUUUACUUCAACAACCACCAGCAGCUGUCCGAGCUCCUGUCUGUGGGCGCUCUGGACCUCAACAACCACUCACACAGGGACCGUGUGAUUGGUCUGAUGAUGACAGCAUGUGACCUGUGCUCAGUUACCAAGCAAUGGCAAAUCACACGACUCACCGCCAACGACAUCUAUGCAGAGUUCUGGGCCGAGGGCGAUGAGAUGAAGAAGAUUGGGAUCCAGCCGAUACCCAUGAUGGACAGAGACAAGAAAGAUGAGGUUCCCCAGGGCCAAGUGGGAUUUUACAAUGCAGUUGCAAUCCCAUGUUACACAACGUUAGCAGAGCUGUUUCCUCCGUCCGGCACUCUUCUUAAAGCCUGCAAGGAGAACCUGAGCCAAUGGGAGAAGAUUGCGAGUGGGGAAGCGGAGGACAUAGUGGUGAAGGAGCCCAGUCGGUCGUCUGCUGGAGAUUCAGGUCCGGUGAAGGUGGAUAACUGACCCCCAAAGGACCCUCGCUGUGCCACCAAAGGAGUUUAAGCUGGAUCCUGCUCCGAGCUGUGAAGAGGGCUGGCGUUAGCAGCAGCAGAUGACAAAGCUACAUUCAAAUUUGACUUUGAAAACACACAGUAACCUCAUCAGGUGACGGAGGUGUCCACACAGAUCCAGGGACUGACACGAGACUUCUGCAGCCCAGGAAUCUAUGUGGUGAAAGAGACUGGCUGUUAUGAUUUUAUGUUGUUUUAUAAUUUUGUUUUUAUUUGAGCUGUAUCUUUUGUGGUCUUGCAUUUGAGAGGCCUUAACUCUGAACCAUUUACUGGCUUUUUAAAUGGUACUGUUUGCCUUCUGUGGUAGGGUUAUGGAUCAUAGCAGACUACUCCAGAAAGGUAUUCCCAGUGACAGAAGGAAUGUGCAGUGUGAUGUGAUGCCACCUUACUGAAAAGGUGAACGUGAGAAUGUUUUUGUUACUUUUGAGCAAAAAUCCUUUGCAGUACUUGAAUAAAGACACACAAACUCUUGAAAGCCCUCACAGCCUAUUUUUACAAAAAUAUGGGCAAAUUGUGAGAGAAAUAAGAUAAUGUUCAUACUUGUGAAUGCAGUCACAAGAGAGUCGCAAUGUGCAGCCCAUAGCAUAGCCAAAGGCCCCAUUGGCAUUUCAGAACCUGCUGUGCACUAUGUCCACAUGUAGUUAACAAGAUCUUUCCCUAAUUUAACCACCCGAAUAUUCCAGAGAUGAAAUACAAGAUAGAAGAACAAUGUACAAUUAGCUUCUGUUGGGAUUUCUGUCAGAUAAAAGAAUAGUGUCCACCAA